AUGGAUCUACAGUCCAGUGAACUAGGUCGUUUGGCAGAUGCCAUUUUCACCUUAGCUAAGAAAUCUGCUAGACCUUCAUUUGAUGACCUUGCCACCUUCAGUGGUAACGUUCAUGAGUGGUUAUUGUUCAAAAAGAGUUACGACGAUAGCAAAUCCUAUUUCACACCUCACGAAAAUAUGUCUAGGCUACGCAAUGCAUUACGUGGUAAUGCUCGAGAGGCAGUCUCGGUGUUAUUACUUACCUCUUCAUGUCCAGAGGAUGUACUGCAAGCUCUUGAACUACGUUUUGCUCGACCUGAGCAAAUUAUUUUGUCGGAGAUAUCCGCAGUUCGAGCCCUACCUAAGUUGGGUAGACAGCCUAAUGAUAUUUUCACUUUAGCCACAAAAGUAAAAAGCAGUGUAAAUGUAAUAAAUUUAUUAGGUCAUAGAGAAUACAUUUAUUCACCUGAAUUAUUACACAACGUUAUUUCUAAAUUAACACCUUUAUUAUAUCACAAAUGGUGUGACUUCGCUCAGGCACACCAUACACCCGGUCAACCACAGCUCGAGUUGCUUGCUGAAUUUUUAUUGCAGGAGGCCAAUAAACAAGCACGUUUUGGGCUGCCAUAUGAGGCGGUGUAUGUCCCAUCUCAUACAGAGAGGACGAGGGCAGUGGCCACAUCUGCGGCGCCGCGCACCGAUUGUACGCAGGCUGCAUAUCGCUUCGCGCCUUCAAGACAUACAGUGCAUACUGCCAAUGCAUCUGUGCCACUUCAAAUAAAAUCGCCUAUAUCCUGUGCAUUUUGUUCUGGUCCACAUAGUAUAAAGACCUGUUUCAAAUUCUUAGCUAUUGCAGUUGACGAACGUAUCACUUGGGUGAAACAAGAAAAACUUUGUCCGAGGUGUUUAAAGAGAGGUAAGCAUAGUUGGAGAUUUUGUAAAGCUCGACAAUGUGAUAUUUGUAAACAAAACCAUCAUAAAUUUUUACAUUCAGAAAAUAGUUCAAAUAUUUCAAAUUUACAUAAUACAAAUAUUGACACUGUCACUUGUCAAAACGAAAAUAUAAAUUCUUCUUCUAAUAAUAAAUUAGUUCCGAGUACGAGUACUAGCAAUGCAGUUUCUUUUUCAAAUAAAGAAGUGCAAAAAGAUCGGAUACUUUUAAAAAUUUUACCUGUUAUAUUAUCUGGUCCAACUGCCGAUAUCGAAACUUUUGCACUUUUAGACGAUGGUUCUUCCGUUUCAAUAAUUGAUGCCGACUUAGCGAAGCAGUUAGGUCUUAGUGGACCUCGACAAAAUAUGAACAUCACAACUGUUGUUGGUACUCGUAGUGUCACUACUAGUUUAGUAGAUUUUAAUAUUAAGGGUAAACAUUGCUCUGAGGUUUAUACUAUUAAAGGAGCCCGAGCUGUACCCGAUUUAACAUUAGCGUCUCAAUCGGUUUCUGCUAAUGAAUUGUUACCUUUAGAACAUUUGUGUGAUCUUAUUGACGUUCUUUCAUACUCUAAUGCGACUCCAAAGCUUCUUAUAGGCUUGAGUGACUGGCAUUUAUUAAUUGCCAAAGAGAAUCGCGUAGGUACUCGUUCCCAACCUGUGGCCACUCGUACGGCCCUCGGGUGGGUGUUGUAUGGAUUAGCUUCAAAGAUUACUAAACCGAUUCAGUUCAUUAAUCAUUGUGUGUUUUCUGAAACGGAAAAUGAUCUUGAUACGUUGAUUCGAGAUUAUUAUAGAUUAGACGCAAUAGGUUUAAAACUAUGUGAACCUUAUACCGCUUCUGAGACAAGAGCGAUUCAAAUUCUGGAUAAGACUAUACAGCGUCUUCCGAAUGGUCGUUUUGAGGUAGGUUUACCAUGGCGUUAUGAUUCACCAAUUAUGCCGAAUAGUUAUAAUCAUGCUUUGUCAAGAUUGAAUGGUUUAAAUAAACGAUUCAAGCGGGACCCUAAUUAUCAGUUAUUGUAUAAAGAAAACAUUGAAGCUUAUGUCAAAAAAGGAUACGCUGAGGAGUGUAACGAUUCUGAUAAUGCUCUUUCAGGCUGUAAGCGUUGGUAUUUGCCUCAUUUCGGUGUGACGAAUCCCAAUAAGCCCGGUAAGCUGAGGAUCGUUCACGAUGCUUCUGCCAAAUCCAACGGUGUCAGUUUAAAUUCAUUACUAUUGCCAGGCCCAGACUUACUUCAAUCUUUAGUAGGUAUUCUCAUUAGAUUUAGGGAAGGGCAGGUGGCGUUGUCAGGAGAUAUUAAGGAAAUGUUUCCACAAAUUAAAAUUCGUGAAGCGGAUCGCGAUUGUCAACGCUACCUGUGGCAACCAGAUGGACCUGAUGGCCCAGUCCACGAGUUUAGGAUGUCAUCUCUUAUUUUUGGUGCCGCGUCGUCUCCUUUCACUGCUAUUUAUGUAAAAAAUAAGAAUGCUAGGGAUUUCGAAAAGCAAUUUCCUGAGGCGGCGAAAGCUAUUAUUGAGGAUCACUACAUGGAUGAUUUUAUUGGUAGUGUAGAUGAUAUUGAGGUCGCUGCACGUCUCGCUGGGGAUAUCGUAGAUAUUCACAGUAGAUGCGGUUUCGAAAUGCGUGCUUGGAUAUCAAACAAACCGGAAGCUUUGCGUUUAGUUCCUAGUGUGUUGCGUAAAGAUGGUGAAACUAGUGUGAACCUUGACAUAAACAAAGCAACUACCCGUGUUUUAGGCUUGUUUUGGAACCCUGUAAAUGAUUCGAUAAGUUUUAAUGUCAAUGUUCAACAGCCUCAUAAUCAUUACUACACUAAACGCCAAGUUUUAAAGGAUUUAAUGAGAAUUUUUGAUCCAUUAGGUUUUUUAUGUCCAUUUAUCACACAGGGCAAAAUUUUAUUCCAACGAACAUGGCGAUUAGUUACUGGUUGGGAUGACCAAUUGCCCCAGAGUGAAUGUGUCAAGUGGUUAGAGUGGUAUCGUGGUUUUGAAAUGUUAAAGUCACUAUCAAUUCCACGGUGUUAUUCAAAUUUUAUCGGCCCAGUUAGUCGUGAGUUGCACGUGUUUUCAGACGCCAGUGAUCAAGCUUAUGCAUGCGUUGCUUACUGGCGACUUACGUAUUGUGAUGGUUCGGUAAAAGUCGCGUUUGUUAUGAGUAAAUCGCGAGUCAGUUCUCUUGAACCAACAGCUAUAGCUAGGCUGGAACUUCAGGCAGCUUUGCUAGGGGUACGCCUUGCAGACACAAUCACUCGGGAGCAGAGACAAAAAAUCAAUUUCCGUUAUUUUUGGUGUGAUUCGCGCGUAGCUUUGUCGUGGAUUCGUAGUGAUGCGCGUAACUAUAAAGCAUUUGUCGCGAAUCGGGUCGGAGAGAUUUUAGAAUCAACCUUACCGCGCGAAUGGCGUUGGGUACCGUCCGAUCAGAAUGUAGCAGAUGACGCCACUCGCGUGAGUUCUAAAAGUGUGGUUGAACUUAACAGAUGGUUGAACGGACCGUCCUUUUUGAUGUCACCUGAAGAGGAAUGGCCAGUAGAGCCCGAAGGGCCGGUCCCCGUUAUUGGUCAGGACCUCAAGUGUCAUCAAACUUCUUUGGCAGAUUUUCAGGCUUCAUUUUAA